AUGAUGAUUUCUAUCAUUCAGUUUUUUUACUCAAAUCCCGUGAAUUGGGAUUUGGGUUGCCUGUUGUCAAUUGGCUCCCAUGGGUAUUACCCUUCUAGCAAGCGAGCUCACAUAAGCAGUGGAUGUUUUGAAGAUGGGGGUGAUAGUUUUGAUGGUGAAGCAGCUAGAAGCAAUGUGCAAGAUUCAGAUCCGUCUAACAACAAUGCAGUUGCUGCAACUCAUGUUGGUAAGAGACGUAGAAAACUCACAUCACAUGUAUGGACUCAGUUUGAAAUUCUUCCUGUUGAUCCAGAUAAUAAGCUUUAUGCGAAGUGCAUGAAAUGUGGUCAUAAGUACUUGUGUGAUAGUAAUAUGGCUGAUGUGUUGAGUUUGUACAAUAGAGAAAAGGGUAAGCUUAAGGAACUUUUGGGUUCAAUCAGUGGAAGAGUUUGUUUGACAUCUGAUUUGUGGACUUCUAUAACCACGGAUGGUUAUCUUUCUCUCACUGCCCAUUUUGUUGAUGCUAAUUGGAAAUUGCAAAAAAGAAUUUUGAAUUUCAGUUUUAUGCCUCCUCCUCAUAGUGGUGUUGCAUUGUGUGAGAAGAUCUAUAAGUUGUUGACUAGUUGGGGGGUGGAAAAGAAACUUUUUUGUUUGACUUUGGACAAUGCAUCUUCAAAUGAUAGUUUUGUUAUGUUGUUGAAGGGGCAGCUUAACUUGCAGAAUGCACUAUUAAUGAAUGUGCAAGAUGGGUUGAAACACAUUCAUGAUUCUGUGGGGAAAUUAGGGAAAGUAUUAAGUAUGUUAGAGGUUCACAAGGGAGGAAACAGAAGUUCUUAG